UCUUGCUUGACACUUGUUAGCGCUCUCCGGUGAAUAUGGUAACUGUGCUGAUUUUUGCUCCCAUAGAAAACUCGAGUCGCGAGUUUUAACUAUCUAGUGUAGGGCGCAAUCCUACACAUUUUGGUCCUUCGAACCGGAUAGCCGGAAACCCUGAAAUUCCGGUAUGUUACGUAGUAAAGUGAAGUAACAGUGAAAAAGUGAAGACAUGCCAACCAAGGCGGUAAACAUUCUUCGAACCAGUGACGACGACAUCUAAUGCAGAACUUCCCUUCGUGGUGCGCGUUGACUCGGGCAAUGGCACACGGCUGGCCAGCGCAGGUUCAUCCACUGGCAGCCGACUCAUCCCUUCGUGGUGCGCGUUGAUUUGGUCAACGGCACACGGCUGGCCAGCGCAGGUUCAUCCACUGGCAGCCGAUUCUUCCCUUCGUGGUGCGCGUUGUUUCGGACAACGGCACACGGCUGGCCAGCGCAGGUUCAUCCACUGGCAGCCGAUUCAUCCCUUCGUGGUGCGCGUUGUUUCGGACAACGGCACACGGCUGGCCAGCGCAGGUUCAUCCACUGGCAGCCGACUCAUCCCUUCGUAGUGCGCGUUGAUUUGGUCAACGGCACACGGCUGGCCAGCGCAGGUUCAUCCACUGACAGCCGACUCAUCCCUUCGUGGUGCGCGUUGAUUUGGUCAACGGCACACGGCUGGCCAGCGCAGGUUCAUCCACUGGCAGCCGACUCAUCCCUUCGUGGUGCGCGUUGAUUUGGUCAACGGCACACGGCUGGCCAGCGCAGGUUCAUCCACUGGCAGCCGACUCAUCCCUUCGUGGUGCGCGUUGACUCGGACAACGGCACACGACUGGCCAGCGCAGGUUCAUCCACUGGCAUCCGACUCAUCUCUUAGUGGUGCGCGUUGACUCGGACAACGGCACACGGCAGGCCCAGCGCAGGUUCAUCCACAGGCAGCUGACUCAUCCCUUCGUGGUGCGCGUUGACUCGGAUAACGGCACAUUGCUCACUCAGCGUGAGAUUCAUUUCAUCAUUCGGCACAUCUCAUUGGAAAUCAGUGUAUCGCAAAGAAUCAGCGUCGAAUUAAGUAAUGCCAACAACUCGAUCCACAUCGAAGCGUACGGAAAGCCAAGCAAUGCAAUCAGAAAACGCAACACCUCAGCCUGAGAUGCAAGCCUCGCACUCAAAAACACAAGCUGAAGCCAUGGAGUCCAAAGCGAAAGCAGUUGUUGAACAAUCAUUCCAUGAUGCAGAGUUGUCUACUAACCAACGCGAGCUGAAGAUGUUGCGACUGCAUCAUUCUAGUCAGCAACGAAAACUCGUAAAGUUGCUGGAAGACGUCACAACAACACCAGUAAAUGCAACUACAUACAACGUGAAAUACAGCUACCUGCAAGAUCUAAAAGCAAAGCAAACAGAGAUCUUUGAGAAAAUAGUAGCCCUGGACCCAAUAGACCUAGAAAACGACUUUUCUGACGACGAAGCAUGUGCUUGUAUGUACAUGAAGUUAGACACCAUGAUAGCAAACGGAACUCCAAUUGCUGCACCUAUUGCAGUGACUCCUGUGGUAUCUUCUUCAUUACAUCAUCUGAACAUUCCAAUGCCAACAUUUGAUGGAACAUAUGAACAGUGGCCUAAGUUCAAGGCAAUGUUCCUGGAUAUUGUGAAAGAAUCUAGUGCAUCGGAUGCGGUGAAGUUACAUCACCUUAACAAGGCCUUGAUUGGAAAGGCUAGUGGCGUGCUGAAUGCAAGUCUCAUCGCAGGCAACAACUUUGCAAGUGCAUGGCAAUUGCUGGAGGAUCGCUUUGAAAAUCCUCGCGUGAUUGUGGACAGGCACAUCGCGGGAUUAUUGCAGAUGAAACCCGUGAUCAAGGAGUCUGCACGCGGGCUGCGCGAGUUGCUGGAAUGCUGUAAAACUCAUGUAGACGGUCUAUCCUACAUGAAGAAAGAAGUUGAUGGAACCAGCGAAUUAAUCAUCACCCACAUCUUGACUUCAUGUUUCGAUCCUGAAACAAGGAAGCGGUGGGAGCGGACGAUGAACCGAGGAGAGUUUCCGAAGCUGAAGACAACAUUGGAGUUUUUAUGCAGACAGUGCGAAGUGCUGGAUCAGUGUGCCUCUGAGAGAGGAGAAAGAGGCGACAAAAGCAAAAUGGUGAGCGCCAAGGUGUACACAGCUUCCAUUCAAAACUGCAAGCUCUGCAACGAUGACCAGCAUAACAUCGUUCACUGUCCUGAGUUUUUGGCGUUAUCAACACGAGAGAGACAGAUCAAGGCUCAAGAACUUCGUCUUUGUUACAAUUGCCUUGGGGCUGGUCACUCUUCACGACGAUGUGAAUCAAGGAGGACAUGCCGUAGAUGCAACAAACAUCAUCACACGUUGCUUCAUUUUGAGCAACCUGUUGAAAUGCCAAGUUCUGAACAUGUAGCAACCGCGUCACAUCAAGAAGAAGAGACAUCAGGCACAGGGUCAUCAUCUUCAAGCAGCCCAUCAUCACCUCAGAUUGUCUUGAGUGUGCAAGGAGCAGCAAAAUCUACCGUCCUGCUAUCGACAGUGCUUUUGAACAUCGUGGACGAUCAAGGAACGAAUCACCAAGCUCGUGCACUGCUAGACAGUGGCGCACAAUCGAACUUCAUUUCUGGACGACUGGUGCAGCUGCUACGAUUGCCACGGAAGAUAGUGAACAUUCCGUUGUCGGGCAUAGGUGGCAGUUCAACCAUAAAUGUGCGACAUUCAGUAAGAGCUACAAUACGAUCACGUUGUUCCGAAGACGCCUUCACUUUGGAUAUGUUGGUCUUGGCUACCCCGUCGGCAUCUUUACCAACCCAACCGGUAGACAUCAGUAGCUGGAACAUCCCGGAAGACUACAUCUUAGCUGAUCCCACCUUUAACCAGCCGGGACGUGUUGACAUCAUCCUUGGAGCAGAACUGUUUUACGAAUUCCUGAAGGAGCGCCGCGUGUCAUUUGGUCUGCAUCGUCCAGUAUUGCAAGAAUCCAAAUUUGGUUGGAUAGUCAGUGGCAAUGCACUCAUCGAACCAGCAUCUGAUCCAGUAGUGUGUGCUACAGCUUUAAUCACGGACAACUUGAGCAUGGUGGCAGCAGAGGACAACGCUGAAAUGUCCUUGUCACAUCAUCCAGAUGUCAGCAACGCAGUCAUCAGACAUCGUAGUGAUCUUCAAAGUGGCCUGCGCAACGGAGUAAUCGAAAUUCAGAAUGACGAGUUAAGGGUCGGACGGGCCAAACGAGAAGGAGCAUCCGUAGCUGACGUCAUCUAUCCUAAAUCAUCGGAGAGAGCAGCUGAGGCAUCUACCAGUGAUUCUACCGCAGUCUGUCUUGGUGGCAGUGACUUUGGUGGCGUCAUAUCAGUAACGGGUAGACCAAGAAACCACGAUUGGGAACUUUGGGCACGAUUGGGAACUUUGGGCACGAUUGGGUACUUUGAGCACGAUUGGGAACAUCACUAUAAUUGAUACGUACAUCAAUUUCGUCGUGCACACGUGUGCCAUUUUACAUGAAUUUUGUCAUUAUUUCACAGAGUUAGUAAUCUUUCAUAUUGAACUAAAGGAACAUGAAUCAGGGUAGAUCUAACACAGAGCGAGAUUGCUUUUGCAGGAAAUUAA